GUUAUCGUAAACUCAGAACUAGGGCUCAGCACCCUUUCUGAAAGUUAAAGUUACAUUAAAUGAUUCAGAAGUUGACUUGGAUAGCUCUUGCAGGUUUAAAUAUCCUUUCAUUCCCAUUAUAUCAACUUUUGAACCAACCAUGUUUCCUCAUCUUCAUAAAUAAGUUCAGUAGCAAUGAAAUUAUCCACUCGCUUUUCAGUUCCAUUAGUUCUUGCAGCUUCGCUCGUUUCAAAAGUCUCAGCUGUUGCUAUCCCAGAAGCUAUCGCUCUCCCUUGGGCUCAAGCUAAUCCUCAAGCUUACGCUGCUGCUAAUGCCUACGCUGAUGCCUAUGCUGAAGCUGUUGCUAUUGCUCAUCCUGAUCCAGAAGCCUAUGCUUUAGCUGCUUCAGCCGAUGAUUGUGCCUCCAUUUCUUGUCAUGCUUCAUGUGGAUUAUUGAUUAUUGAAGGUCAAGCUUGUUCUCAAAAUUCUGAAAACUCCUAUUCUGGACCUUAUAAUACUACCUGUCUAUGCUCUUCAGGAUCCAAAUUCUUACAAUAUUAUGCUCCAUGUAUGGAUUGUGGUUGGACUUUGUGGAAAUAUUAUGGUGGUUAUGUCUCAUCUGCUUUGGCUGCUUGUGAAACGUUAUCCACUGAACCAACUGGUACAUUGAGAUGCUCCACCACUUUGACAGACUCUUAUAGUAUCGAUACUGGUAUUCAAGGUUGCUCAUACUUGGGUAAUUGUCCAACUGAAACUUCAUCUACUGCUCAGACCACGGAUUCCCCUGAUCAAACUUCAGCAGCACCAACUUCAGCAGAACCAACCUCAGCAGCACCAACCUCAGAUGCUCCAUCAUCCACUCAAGCUGCUCCAUCAACCCAACAAACAGACCCUGCCGCUCCAACUUCAGAGGAAGCCCCAACAGCUCCAACUAGCUCAGCAGAUGAGCCAAAUGCACCAAGCUCAAAUGAAGCUUCUGCUGUCCCAAGUAAUUCAAAUGGCGAACCAAGUGCUCCAAACUCAGAUGCUAAUACAUCGGGCUCUCCAGCUCCAGGUGGUGCAACAUCUGGUCAAGAAGAUCCAUCAGCAUUGGAUCCAGCUGCUUCAAGCACAUCUGCUAAAUUCUCAGGUUACACUAAUGGCACUACAAGCACAGCUAUUGUUUCCCAUGGCUCGACAACAUUGAUUACUGUUACCUCUUGUGAUGAAAACAAAUGUACUGAAAUCCCUUCAACUGCUCAAGUGUCCAUUGCAACCACUACCAUCAAUGGGGUUGUUACUUCAUACACCACUUAUUGUCCAUUAACAACUACUACUCCGCUAACAACCAAAGCUUCCACGGAUAAACAAACCACUAAGGCUCCAGAAGACGUUACUAGUAAAGUUACUGCUACCACCACCAAAACGGGUGCAUCUACAUUAGCCUCAACCACUCCAGUUAUUUCAACUUUUGAAGCAGUAGCUAAUAAACUGGCUGGAUCAGUUGGUGCUAUUUUGAUGGCGUUGUUAUGCAUUUAAUUUCCAUGAUGUAUGGUGAAUUGUUUUAGUUUUUUCUUCUUUUUGUUCUUUUGAUAAAUGCUUCUACUUUCAAAAGCAACAUCAAUGUUUAUUUUCUACUGACUCCGUCAAGUUGUUGACGUUCUAUACAGUAUAUAGCUACAUGGCCGCUUUUACUUUAAUAAAUAUGCCAUGUUCAAAAGAUUAUGAUACUUAUUUAGAUGUUGAAAAAGAGCUCACUGAGAUACAUUUGCAGCUCGCAAAGUAAUGUAGCGAAUAUAGAUCAGGUAAUAUUAAUAUAAUCCCAACUUCUGCCAAACAGCGCGUGACAAAAUCUAUUGACACGUAAUCUGCCUUUGCUUCCUUCGAAAAUUUCUAGCUAAACUUUGGAAUGUGAACAUGG